AUGGCUUUCUGGAAGAGAUCGGACUACGUGCAGUAUUCCCCUAAGGAGAGGUUUUCUCUGUUGCUGUUGGAUUUGGAAGAAUAUUUUUUUGAGCAGCACAUAGCCUACCAUAUUUCUCAAGGAUCAAAUUCAUCAGAAAGAAAAACAAGUGGAUCCCUCAAAAUAUGUUCAAAAUCUCUUAUUUUUGAACCUGAUCAAAUUGAUCUACCCAUAAUUAAGAUUACAUUGCGGGAUUGCACAAAGAUUGAAGUAGAAGAUGAAGAGAAUCUCUUCAGCAAGAACACAAACAAACAAAUAUGUGUUGAGUGUAAUCAGGUGUACUUUAUCAAGGAACAAAACAUAGUAACGCCUUACAAGGUUCAACGUGGUGGAAGUCAAAUUUUCUUUCAGUUGGAGGAUUCAAGGAAGGUUGAUGAUGUUGUACAAACUGUUCUCCAGCUACAAAGAGCUUCUCGCCUGGAGAAACUUGGAGACCAGACAGCCAUGAUAACUGCCAUUCUACAAUCACGUUUAGCAAGAUCAUCAUUUGAUAAAAACAGCUUUCAAAGUGUAUCUGAAACCUCCCACAUGGAAUGCUUGGCAGAAAUGGUAACACCAUUGGUAACCAAUCCAGGACAUGUGUGUAUAACAGACAAAUACCUCUACUUUCAGCCAUUAAAUGGCUAUCCAAAACCUGUUGUUUGCAUUAGCUUGGCUGAUAUACGAAGAAUAUACAAAAGGAGACACAUGCUAAUGCCUGUGGGACUGGAAGUAUUUUGCACUGAAAACGAUUUGUGUUCAGACAUAUACCUAAAAUUUUAUAAUCCAAAAGAUCGCGAUGGGCUAUACUACUAUAUCGCAGCUUAUAUAGAAAAUCACGUGACAGAGCAUACUGCAGACAGCUACAUGCUCCAGUGGCAGAUGGGACGUAUCUCCAAUUACCAGUAUCUGUUACAUCUCAAUAACCUGGCAGACCGGAGCUGCAAUGAUCUGUCUCAGUAUCCUGUGUUUCCAUGGAUCAUUGCAGACUAUACAAGUUCAGAGCUAGACUUAUCCAUUCCUCAAACCUUCCGGGACCUAACUAAACCAGUUGGAGCUUUAAAUAAAGAUAGACUUGAAAGGCUGUUGGAGCGUUAUCAUGAAAUGCCUGAUCCAAAAUUUAUAUAUGGAAGCCACUAUUCCUCGCCAGGAUAUGUUCUGUUCUACCUGGUCCGAGUUGCCCCAGAGCACAUGCUCUGCAUCCAGAAUGGGAAGUAUGACCAUGCAGACAGGAUGUUCAACAGUAUUGCAGAGACGUGGAGAAAUUGUUUAGAAGGGGUGACGGACUUUAAAGAGUUAAUUCCAGAGUUUUUUGGAAGUGAUGAGAGUUUCCUGUUGAAUAAUUUGAACCUGGAGCUCGGGAAGAGACAAGGAGGGAAAUUGGUGGAUGACGUAGAGCUUCCACCGUGGGCCUCAGAUCCAGAGGAUUUUCUGCAGAAGAACACGGAUGCCCUAGAAAGCCAGUAUGUCUCAGAUUAUCUCCAUGAAUGGAUUGAUUUAAUAUUUGGCUGUAAGCAGAGAGGAAGUGAAGCCGUUGCUGCCAAUAAUGUGUUUCACCCCGUAACAUAUGAAGGAGAAAUUGACUUGCACAGUAUUGAAGAUCCUGAUCAUAAAGUAGCUAUGCUGACACAAAUCUUGGAAUUUGGUCAAACACCGAAGCAGCUAUUUAUGAAACCUCAUCCAAAGAGAAUAUUUACAAAGUCAAAAAGUUUUUCACGGUCUUCCAGUCAAAAUAUUUCUAUGUCAGACUCACCUGUUUCCCCCAGUGAAGAUUCUUUUGAAGAUUUAACAGAGGAAAGUAAAACUCUUGCUUGGAAUAAUAUCACUAAAUUCCAGAUAGACAGCGGGUACAAGAUUCAUAAAGAAACUAUCACAGGCAUUGCUGUAUCUUCUAAUGGAUCCUCUGUUUUCACAACAUCACAAGAUUCAACUUUAAAGAUGUUCUCCACGAGCCAGAAAUCUCUUCAAAGAAGUGUUUCAUUUUCUAAUAUGGCAUUGUCAUCUUGCAUUAUCUUGCCAGGUGACACAACAGUGAUGUGCUCCUCCUGGGAUAAUAAUGUGUAUUUUUAUUCUAUAGCAUUUGGGAGGAGACAAGACACUUUAAUGGGACAUGAUGAUGCUGUUAGCAAAAUCCACUGGUGUAACAACAGGCUGUUCUCAGCAUCCUGGGAUUCUACAGUAAAGGUGUGGAGCUGUGUGCCUUCCGAUGUGUGCGGAACCAAGAGAAACAACUUUCAACUGCUGGCUGAAUUAGAACAUGACGCUGGUGUAAACACAAUCAAUGCGAGCUCUGAUGGAUCGUUGCUGUUAUCAGGAACUAAAGAAGGAACAGUGAGCAUUUGGGACAUUGCUGAUUCAUCUAUAUUACAUCAGCUCCCUUGCCACAAUGGACCCGUUCUUGAUGUUGCUCUGAGUCCUGACAACAGACACGCACUUUCAGCUGGAGAAGAUGGCUGCCUAAAAAUCACAGAUGUCCAAUCUGGAAUGCUCAUCUCCUCUCUACCCUCAGGAGAAGUUCAAAGGUGUUUUCGCUGGAAUGGUCACACUGUUCUGUCAGGAAAUGACAGCGGUGAAUUGCUUGUCUGGGAUCUUGUAGGAGGACGGAUUCUGGAAAGAAUAGCUGGGCAUGCAGAUGCAAUUACGUGUAUGUGGAUGAAUGAGCCAUGCAACACCAUCAUCACAGGAUCUGCAGACAGGCAGCUUUUAUUCUGGAAACUGCAAUACUGAGUUUUUUUUAUUUUCCUCUUUCGCCUGCUGAAAACUUGAAGACUUUUAGAUUUCUUUUAUGUACAAUGUUUUGUGGUGCCUGGAUGUACAGUAAUAGUGCUUAGAGGACUGUGCCUUGACAAUUCCAACCUCCUACCUUGCCCUUUUUUUUUUCAUAUCUGUUCUGUGGUUUGUAUUGUGCAAAUGCCUUUUUGUUUCUGACCUUGCACUAUGUAUUUUAUAUUAAUUGUGUGGCCUAUGUC